AUGAACCAUUUGGUCAACUGCCACAGCAAUCGGAUGGAAGUGCAGCUGGAGUUUGAAGAACCAUUCAGCGGUGUUAUUUUUGCUGAUCAAGCAUACAACGAUAGUUCGUGUCGCUGGGAAGGGCAACUCUCCAGCAAACUAAAUUUUACAAUUCCAGUUUCGACAAAAGAUGGUCUAAGCGCUUGUGAAGCCACGUUAGAGCAGGUAUUCUUGAAUGAGUACAAUUAA